AUUUGUCGAGUUAAGCUGAUCCCUCGGCGGGGUUUUGUUCCUGAACGAAUCUACUUGCUUAUUUUCUGCUUUUUUUCCCGCUGCAUGCGUAAAUAGUGUUUUUUUAAAAAACGUGCAGUGUACAGGUGCGCGGACGAGCUCUUCUCGGUAAACUUAGUGUUUUUUGCACAACCUACCUGAGUUGUGUGUUGUGUUUCUCCUCAGCACGCGUCCAGUCCUCUCCACCAUGGAUUUGGUUUGGAUUGUGGGCUUCGCUGUGAGCGUCUGCGCCUGGUUUGCUUCAGCGGAGCGGCACAGCGUCUACUGGAACAGCACGAACCCAAAGUUUAAAUGGAACGACUACACCGUGGAGGUAAAGCUCAAUGACUACCUGGACAUCGUCUGCCCCCAUUACCCUCAGGGAGAGGUGCCAUUGGUGGAUGCCGAGCGAUACGUCCUCUACAUGGUGGAGCACGAGGACUAUGAAUCCUGCAAGCCCCAAUCGUACGACCAGAUGCGCUGGGAGUGUGGCCAUCCGUUUGCUCCCCACGCCCCUGAGAAGUUCUCUGAAAAGUUCCAGCGUUUUACACCGUUUACUCUGGGAAAGGAGUUCCGCCAAGGAGAAAGCUACUAUUAUAUCUCCAAACCUUUGCACCACCAUGGACCGGAGUGCCUCAGGCUCAGGGUGGAUGUCAUAGCUGCUGAUGGCUCUCAAGAGGCCAGAGUUGCUAAAGGAGGCACAGGUGGGGCUGCAGUUGGAGCUGGGGGUGGUGUUCACAACCCAUCCAGCAGACCGCCUGCAGCAGAUGACCCAGGUGUACUGCCAGAUGUCCAGAAGAGCGUACGGAUAAACUCUGCAGUAGCAGCUACAUCCCUCUCAAUCCUCUCAUUGCUAGUCCCAUUUUUAUUAUUGCUAUUGUUGCACUGAGAGUACAUGAAAGGACUGCUGUUGGCAGACGUUGUUUUUCAGGGACUACAAUGAAGACAGUCCGUGGGGUUGAAACCACUGACUCAAAAAGACAGUUUUCCAUGCCCAGUGCUGGCCACAGGGAGAGACUUUUGAAGCUUGUAAAGUACAGAUUGACUCACUUGCAUUACGUGUGCUGAGUAAUUCUGAGGAUUUGAGACAAGGUAUGUGUGCUUUGUCUAAUUUUUCAAAAAGACAGGAUGUUGUCUUGGAAAGAACAAGCUCUCAAGCUUGAUUUGAAUUUUUUAGGGCUCUCUCAAAAAAGUUAAUCUCUUUGGAUGAUAACCCUAUAAGAAAAUAUGAAGAAGUUGAAGAGGAACCUGAAGUGGACGAAGAACAAUCAAGAGCAAAGACACCAACUCCGUCUGAAUUAUAUUGAAAUACACUUAAUUUGAAUAAAUCCAUAUUCAGUGGAAACGAAAUCGCUUACCUUUUGAGCCAAAGAUCCGUCAUCUCUCCAACAUGUACACUAUGCCACCCUUGAGUAUUGUGUACUGUUUGUUGUAUUGUUAUUGUAAUGGUAUUGAGUGGCAUUGAUGUCCCAAGUGAUUACUUUUGUCUAAAUGUAGCAUUGACUGGGGCUGUUCUCAUGACUACCAUUCCUUUGCAAACUCGACCAUGUGCUUAUAUACUGUAGCACUAAUACUGCACAGUACACACACACACACACACACACACACACACACACACACACACACACACACACACACACACACACAGACAUCGGAUGACAUGAAAUACAACAUGAAAACCCACUACAUUGAGUUAUGUUAUGUGUACAUUCUGUGAAGAUAAUUUAUAACAUUUUCAGCUGAGAGGUUUUACUGUAUAUACCAUUUGCUCACAAAAACAAAUGUUUACUGUUUGCAAUGCGGAGAGCUUUUUCUCUCUCCCCUGGUAGUGUUAGUACUUGUGUGAAAGGGAAAAUGUGUGAGUUGAAGUGAGAGUAAGAAAAUGUGCGCAAGCAAGGGAGCGAUUUAUUUGAAAGAGAGCGAUAAGACAAAACGUUUUUCUGCCAAAAGCAAACACUGAGAUGUUGCGUGUACCACAGAGAGGCUGGACUUCUCUGUUUGCUGGAUCUUGCCCCUGUAUUGGUAAAACUGUCUAACAUGAGUUGAUAUCAAAUCUUUAUUACUACAGGACCCAACCCUGUGUAUCAUGGUGCUUUACUUCAUGUUUUUAAGCUCAUUUGGGAAAACAAGCAUUUAUUUCUAAACACAAAGUGAAGUAAUCAGCUAUUUAGACUUUCUGAAUAAUUAUCCCAGUUUUGGAUGAUUUCAAAAAUGUUAUAGUCACCAGUUCACUACAGACUAGACACGGCAUCAAACAGAGUUGCCAAGCACAUCUUCACCUGACAGGCUGGCUUGAUCAACAAAGCACAACAGUGUAUGACCAUUCAAGUCAGUCUUUUUUUAUCUGGAUUCUUGUUACCUAAUUUUGUACAUGUGUAAGUAAGAGAAGUGUAUAAUAUGUGUGUGUGUAUAUAUAUACAUAGAAGAUUAUAUAAAAGACCUGUUUGAUAAAUAUGCUAAAUGUGAAAAUUUCAUGUGAAAUAAAAAGAUAUUUUUGGAAAACCA